CUAUGUGGCAGAGCGUGUGAGGCGAGGCAGGGCAGGACAGGACAGGACAGGACGGGGGGCGGCAGAGUUUUACAACAGAUUCUGUUGACAGCCGUCGUCGCCGCUGUACGAGUCGGAGAGUAAGUGCACACGGAGACGCGGAGGAGUCGCCGGACGCUCACGUUGUACCCGUUUUACCUGGAGCGAGGGAAGAAGAGCGUCGGGGAGAGCGAGUUCGAGGCGGAUGAGUGCAGCAGCCCCCGGGAGGAGGAGGGCAAGUGUGUGGCUGUGGCGGGGCGCAGUUAGCGAAAGAUGAACAAAAACCACCGAGUGCCGAGCAGCCGGACUCUGAGCGCCGUGGAGGUGAAGAGCAAGUUUGGGGCAGAAUUCAGGCGCUUCUCUCUGGACCGCUCCAAGCCGGGCCGCUUUGACGAGUUCUACGGGCUGCUGCAGCAUGUUCACCGAAUCCCCAAUGUAGACCUGCUGGUGGGCUAUGCUGAUAUCCAUGGAGACCUGCUGCCAAUCAACAACGAUGAUAACUACCACAAAGCUAUUUCAACAGCAGCACCGUUGCUACGCCUCUUUCUGCAGAGGAAAGAGGAGGCGGACUACUCCGCGUUCGGAACAGACUCUUUGACCCGCAAGAAGACUCCGGCGGCACUAGCGGCAGUUCUUCUGAGGCCUGAUGCUAACAGGAAGAAGCCUCCCAUCAUCAUCAGCCUGCCGAAAGACUUCCGGCCCGUCUCGUCCAUUAUCGACGUGGACAUCCUUCCCGAGACGCAUCGACGUGUGCGCCUCUACAAGCAUGGGCAAGAGAAACCUCUGGGCUUCUACAUCCGUGACGGCUCCAGCGUACGCGUCACACCCCAGGGCCUGGAGAAGGUGCCAGGCAUCUUCAUCUCUCGCCUGGUUCCUGGCGGCCUGGCAGAGAGCACGGGCCUCUUAGCCGUCAAUGACGAGGUGCUGGAGGUCAACGGCAUUGAGGUGGCCGGCAAGUCCCUGGACCAGGUUACGGAUAUGAUGAUCGCCAACAGCCACAACCUCAUUAUCACCGUAAAGCCGGCCAAUCAGCGCAACAAUGUGGUGCGUAACAGCAACAGCGGGGGCGGGGCUGCCUCUGGCAGCUCGGGACGAUCGUCCGACAGCGGCGCCAGUUACUAUAGCUACUCCACGCCAGGUGCUGCGGCAAUGACCCCAUCACAUAUCAUUCAGAACUUCCGGCCAGAGGAGGUGGAGAGCGAUGAUGAGGAGGAGGAGGACUUGGUGAUUGAGGCAGGGGGAGAUACGCGGCAUGCCCCACGGCCAGCGGCGGGGGCCACAGCUAGCUAUAGCAUGCCAAGCCUGCCCAGAUACGAGCCCCACCUCAACCUUCGGCCUUCGAAUGGUGCCAUGGCGACCAGCGCUAGCGUGGGGUCUCUGAGUGCCCAGGACAGGGGCUUGGAGAGGAGGAAUCUAGAGGAGGACGGCACAGUAAUCACACUGUAGAGACACGCACACACAAUGCAGCUGUGCAUACAGACUACAUAUACUGUAUAUACAGUAUAUUAUAACUCCUAAUAAUACUCUCUGCUAUAGUCAUUCACAAGCACAAUACAUGACAGACAUGCACGCCAGGCAAAAAAUCCACAUGCCAACACCGUCUCUUGUGCCAUAGGACUAAUUUUGCCUGUCUUUACUCCAUAUGACUGGCGAAUUGAAGCCUAAAAAGGAGGGUCUCCAGUGGAUAAGACCUCCGGCACCUCCAUCAUACAGCACUUGCUAACUACAGGGCUAGCCCCUGUUUUUUCCCCUUUGAGGGCAGCAUCUGUACACUUCCCUCCCCAUUUGGGGGCAAUAAUGAGUAAUAAUGGACUUGACUUGACGAGUGUGAAUGAAUGAAUGAUUGCACAGGUCUGCAGGUUCCUCCUGCUUAUGGGACGACGGGGGAGAACAGUUCUCCCGGGCACAUUAUGAAUGACGACAAUCUGCUUUCACCUAGGCAAAUAACUCCUUCUGGAGUCAUGUGACUCCGGUGUCCGAACCAAGAACAAAUUACAGUGACUUCCGCUCUUCACGGUUACUAUGGUAACUGCUGAAGGCCAGGCUUCUGAGAUUAUACUGUUAGACUAGGAGAGGAGUGUGGAAACCUGUUAUUUCCUAAUGUAUGACGCUAAUUCAACUGUCACAUUGUUUGCUUUCUGAUGUACUUUUUUUAGUAUUUCUCAAGAGAAUCGUUUUUUUAUCAAACGUAGACUAAAUUUAGGAUGCUUUUAAACUCUGUUGUGUGCGAGGAUAUGAUCUUUCAUGUAGGUUUGAUUGAGAGGCAAAUUCUAGCGUGCUGCACGAAUUAGGACGCGGUCCCUGUGCUAAUGCUUUUAAUCAUUGCCAAGAACCUGAAAGAUAAGUCAAAUGUUUUUGGUAAUUUUUUUGAACCAUUUAUCCUUAUGACAAGGGCUGUCACACCGAUCUGUGGCAUCUGAUUUAUGUGACGUGUUUUUUUUGUGUUUUUUAUUAUAUGUUUGACACCAUAACCUGAUGCAUUUCAUUUUUACUCUGCACUCUGAGGUGAAAAGACUGUUUCAUGUGUGAAGAGUGCUUCUACUCCUAAUACAUUGUGUAUGUUGGGAGAUGAUACUUGAUAUGACAGGAAUUUAAACCACCUAUCCAUAAACCGUGUGUGUGCGUGUACAUUUUUAUAUAUAUAAAUAUAUAUAAAUAUAUAUAUAUACACACACACACACACACACACACACACACUGUAUUGUGCAAAUGUCAAAGAGAUGAACCUUUAUUUGAUUCCCAGUCAGGUU